AUGGAUCACCUCAUGCCUCCCAACAAUGUGACUGAAUUCAUUCUCUUGGGACUCACACAGAAUCCACACUUGCAGAAAAUACUCUUCAUUGUUUUUUUAUUUAUUUUCCUAUUUACUGUGCUGGCCAAUCUGUUCAUUGUCAUCACCAUCUCCUCCAGCCCCACACUUUCAUCACCCAUGUACUUCUUUCUCACUUACUUAUCCUUUAUAGAUGCCUCCUACACCUCUGUCACCACCCCCAGAAUGGUAAUCGACCUGCUUUACCAGAGACGAACCAUUUCUUUGGCCAGCUGCCUGACUCAGCUCUUUGUAGAGCACUUGCUGGGAGGAUCAGAGAUCAUCCUCCUUGUUGUCAUGGCGUACGACCGCUAUGUGGCCAUCCUCAAGCCCCUGCACUACACAGCCAUUAUGCGACAAGGGCUCUGCCACCUUCUUGUGGUGAUAGCCUGGACUGGAGGCAUCUUGCAUGCCACUGUGCAGAUUCUCUUCAUGACCAACUUGCCCUUCUGUGGUCCCAAUGUCAUUGACCACUUUAUGUGUGAUCUCUUCCCAUUGUUGAAACUUGCCUGCAGAGAUACCUACAGACUUGGGAUGGUGGUGGCAGCCAACAGUGGAGCCAUGUGCUUGCUCAUCUUUUCUAUGCUCCUCCUCUCCUACAUAGUCAUCCUGAGCUCCCUGAAAUCCCAUGGCUCUGAAGGACGGCACAAAGCCCUCUCCACCUGCGCCUCCCACUUUACUGUUGUGGUUCUCUUUUUUGUGCCUUGCAUAUUCACCUACAUGCGUCCUGUGGUCACCUACUCUGUGGACAAGUUGGUGACGGUGUUCUUUGCAAUCCUCACCCCCAUGUUAAAUCCUGUAAUUUACACAGUGAGAAACACAGAGGUAAAAAAUGCCAUGAGGAGUUUGUUGAAGAAGAGAGUAACAGUCUGUGCAUAAAGGCAAGAAAGCGAUGAUAUGUAUAAAGAGGGAGAAAUAUAUCUGUGGUAAAUUGUGCAAGAUAAUUCAGAAAUUUUACAGAUCAUCGACAAAAACUAAACAAGCAAACAUUAAAAAAAAAACCCAGAAACUAGCAUUUAUUGAGCACUUAAUAUUGGCUAGAUCUUUUGAUAGCUUUUAACAUACUUUACCAAAGCUUUAAUGUUCAUGUGCGUUGAUUCUGGAUAUGCUGUGGAAAGAACAAUGAUAAAUCCCUAGCUUGAUAAUUCUAGAGUAUGUUUUUCUCUAGAGUCUCCCUGUUACUUUGCUAAAUUCUUCAUACAUAUGUUACAUACAUGAAACUGGCUUUUACACAGAAUCUUGAUCUCAGAACUUCGAAAAUUUUUGCUUGACUCAUGGUAAAGCAAAAAACGAGGCUAGAAAUCCUUAGAUAUGGGUAGAUGGAGGGUGACGACUGAGGAGUGAAAGGACCACAGGGGAUUUUCUUCCUUUGUUCCUUCCUUACUCUUCUUUCUUUCUUUCUUUCUUUCUUUCUUUCUUUCUUUCUUUCUUUCUUUCUUUCUUUCUUUCUUUCUUUCUUUCUUUCUUCUUCUUUCUUUCUCCUUUUUCCCUCCCUCCUUCCUUCCUUCCUUCCUUCCUUCCUUCCUUCCUUCCUUCCUUCCUUCCUUCCUUCCUUCCUUUCCUUCCUUCCUUCUUUCUUUCUUUCUUUCUUUCUUUUUUCCCCUCCUUCCUUCCUUCCCUUCCUUCCUUCCUUCUUUCUUUCUUUUCUUCCUUCCUUCCUUCUUCUUUCUUUUUCUUUCUUUCUCUCUCUCUUCCUUCUUUCCUCCACCUUUAUUCUUUCUCUCUUUCUUAUUCUGAGUUUACUGAAAGCAAAGAAAGAUGCCUACAAAAAAGAAAGACAUAAUCAAUAUCUUAUCAUAAAAUUUUUUUCCUCAGUACAAAAAAUAUGCUAGAAAUUAUGAGAUUACUCUUAAUUUGUUCUGAUUUUCUUAAAUCUCCUUAUAGCUCACAGUUUUUCUUGAAUAUAAAGGAUUUUGUUUGUUUUG